CAGGGUGGGGAAAGGGAAGAGCGGCUGGGCGGAUGAGAAGGAAGGUCUCUGGGCAGCUGCGUCGGCUGCUGGUUUGUUUACAAUGUUGACGGGAAGGCCUCCAGCUGCCCUUCCUCGCCUCCUGUGGACACAUGCGUGCCCGAAGCUGGCCCGUGGUGCCCCGGGACACUCCAGGCACACGCGGGCACUGGGCACGUCGGUGGUGAGAGGCGAGGAAGCUGGUGGGAAGGCGAAGCAGGAGGGCGAUGGAGAGAGGGUGACGGGACCGGUGUCGACGGUGGAUGGAGUCGUCGGGAUAGGGGCAGCGACAUCUGAGAUGACGGAGGACGACAUGAGACGGCUGGUGGCGUCGCUGAGUGUCGACCAGAGGGCGGCACUCAUGACUCAGAUCCAUCAGGUCCAAGCUGUCGAGGUUAAGAAGAAAGCAGAAGAGAAGCUUGCAUCUUGGAGAUGGAGAUCACGUUUUGGUCGCCCUGCAUCAUUACACGCCCUUGGGCCAGAUCCUACAGGGACAUAUUGUGAGAUACCGGCAGAUUGGCUUCGGAGGAAAGUUGCUGAGAAAUCCAAACCCAAACCCCCAACUGGUGCUGAGCUGAGACAGUUGGCUAUUCAUAAUGCGCUACCAUUUAUUGGUUUUGGAUUUCUCGACAACUUCAUCAUGAUAGUUGCUGGUGAUUAUAUUGAUGUGACAAUUGGGACUGCACUUGGCAUAAGUACAAUGGGAGCUGCAGCACUUGGCAAUACCAUCAGUGACCUUGCUGGCAUAGGCUCUGCCUGGUACGUUGAGAACAUCGCCGUCAAGAUCGGUAUUCGAGCCCCUGAUCUUUGCCAAGAACAGCUGGAUAGAUGGUCCGCAAGAUGGUCUGCUAAUGCUGUGAGUUUAAAUGGUCGAGGUAUUGGUGUGGUUGUAGGCUGCCUCCUUGGAAUGUUCCCGCUGAUGUUUUUGCCAGGGCAUGAUGAAGAUAAGAAAGCUGUUGUGGAACAUUGAAUUUUAGAUGGCAUCUGCAUAAAUCAUUGCUAUUUUGUCAAUAAGACUAUUGAAUUACAUCAGCUACUCUUUUAAUGUAUAUUUAUUGUAGAGUUUGUUGGUAUUUUCUAAGGUACAGUUCUAAUGAUCACACUGCUUGGGCUCCUGUGGCAAAAGUAUGAGAUUUUAACUUCCAUUUUAAGAGUGUAUUGUGCGUGUGGGUGAGGGGUAAACCCUAUGAAAGGGUUUCUGAUGUGUCCUCUGCAAUGACUUCUGCCAAUGGGGUGAAAGCAGAAUCCUGGAGUUGAAGCAAUGGGCUUUAUGUUGAUGGCUAUUCAAUUCAUAGAAUAUGAAGCAGGUGGUGGUACUUAGAUCUUAUUCCAGAUUGUGAAGGCUUUUCUUGUGAUGAUAAAGGUUGGUAAAAUGGAAGAAAUGUUCUCAGGGCUUGAUGUAAAUGUUAUAGAUGGCAGGGUUUAAUCCCCUUAGCUCAACUACAUUUGGAGGUGUGCCAGAAGGCACAGUUACAUUAAUGAAAGCUGUGAGAUAACAUACAUACUGGCACUUUAGCUUUGUAUUAUAUUUCAGGGGAAUCUCUGAUGCAGAUCAGACUGUUAAUAUGCAUCCUCAGUAGUUCAUGGUUUUCUCCCCUCAGAGAUUUAACUCCACUUAAUGCUGCAGUGUGCAUUCUCUGCCAGCAAGGUAAACAUGUAAACUUUUGGUCUGUGAAAUGAUGCUAUUCAUCAGGAGAUGAUUUAUGGAGACAGCUUUUUCAAAGUGUCUAAACUAAGGAUGAAGAGGUGCAAGGCUACCAGACAGUUUUGUUUAACGAUUCUUAGUGAAAUACUGGUACUGUAUGUAUAAAACAAACAUGACUUUAUGAUGUAAACACAUUUGUUCAGUCUCUGAUACAGUAAUAGUUGAAUUGUUGCCUCCCUAGAAAAAGGGUUUAUGAGUAGAGUGUCAUUCUGUUUACUUCAGAAGGCGACAAAAGAUGACCACCAUCUCUUACAUCUUACCUAAGAUGAUCUUAUUCAUCUUACAUAAGAUGUAAGAUGAAUUUUACAUCUUAUGAUGUAAGAUUCCAUGAGUUUGAAACAAAGAUUUGAUUUUAACUGAAGAGUUGAUGUAUGGACUGUGUGUGUGCGCUUAAAUCAAUACAACACUGUGUGUUAUGCUAACCACUCUGGAAAAUGUGGAUUUUUUUAGAAUUAAUAAUGGCAAGGAUACCUGGUAUGAUACUGCCGAUGGUGACGUCUGGUUGCAGGAAGAGAUCUCACAUAAUGUGACCUCAGAAAGCAUUGGCAUUACAGUACAGUGGUACCUCUGUUUACAAAUUUAAUCUGUUUCCAGAGACAGUUCGUAAACCAAAAAUUUGUAAACUGAAACAAAUUUUCCCAUAAAUAAUGUAAAUCGAAUUAAUCUGUUCCACACUUCCAAAAAUACUAACUUAAAAAUACAUUUCAAUACAUAAUACUACAAAUAUUUUGUACUACACUAUGUACAAGUUUUAUCUUGGCUUUAUUGAUGACUCUUGUUGGCGUAUGGAAGACGGUGAGCAGGGGAGGAGGAGGAGAGGUGUUAAUGUUUGGAAGUCCCUUUCCAUUAUAACAUCAGGCAGUGAUGACAUUUCUGGGGUACUUUC